AAAGUGAAAUUGGUUUUAUAGAAAAAAAAACCCCCCAAUAUGUCUAUCCAGAUCCUCCCGUUGCAGCAGGAAGAUAUCCCCGGAGUUGUCGAGUGUAUCCAGGAAGGGUUCGCGGAUGAUCCGUAUUUCAAAUGGGUGUAUGACGGGACAAGGUUUAAUAAAGAGAGGAAUUCAAGUUCACUCACUGCCCGAUGUUUAUGGGGGAUCAAUAAUGCUCUUUUCUACGUUGCAAAGGAAGUCGACAACAAUAAUCAACCACAGCAAGGAGGCAGAAACGGACGCAUCCUAGGUGUAUCAUGCUGGCUCGCACCACAACCCGCCUCGCAAGCCCAAUCCUGGUAUUCGUGGUCCCAACUCUGGCUCCUCUCAUUUCGACAAUUACUCACAAACAUACGCUUCUUCGGUCGAGGAGGUCUAAUUGUGAAACGCUACUGGAUCUGGAAGGAGCAACAAACCGCCGCCCAAAAAGAGAUAUGGACUGAUAAAGAGCGCGGCUAUUAUUUCUGUAAUAUUGUGACUGUCAGGCCGGAUGCGCAGGGAAAAGGGAUUGGGAGGAAAUUGUUCGAAGUGGUUACUCAGCGUGCGGAUAGGGAAGGGGUUAAGUGUUAUUUGGAGAGUUCGAAGAGUGAGCCGAAUGUGAAAAUUUAUGAGAAGAUGGGAUUUGAGUUGGUGAAGGUGAUUGAUUGUGAUGAUGGGGGGGAUGUUUGUCGGCUGUUUUGCAUGGUUCGAGAGCCAAAGGUUGAUAAAUCGUGA